UGAGUCCCUUCAAUUCCCCAUUUAUAUAUCUCCACUCCAAAACCAUACACAACCAACAAACUUCCUUCAACAUACCCUUACCAGCUACCUGGGUUUCAUAUUCUCAAUUUUUUAACUUCCCUUUCUUCCGUUUCUUCCCAAAGUCAUAUUUUAUCCACACAAGAUAAACAAUGUGUAACGUUAACCCAAAACCAUCUUCUCCUUCCUCAUUCCUCUCCUAUAGCAGGACCCAUUUCAUAAGUUCCACCAAGACUAUGGAUAAUCUUCACCUUGAUGAUCAAGAAGAACAACUACGAAGAUGGCCCACUCUCUCCGAGGCCAUUGAUGAAAUGAAAGCCAUAGGGAAGAUUUCAGGUCCUACAGCCAUGACUGGUUUGCUUCUUUAUUCAAGAGCCAUGAUCUCUAUGCUCUUCCUGGGGUAUCUCGGUGAGCUUGAGCUUGCUGGCGGCUCUCUCUCCAUAGGUUUUGCAAACAUUACUGGAUACUCUGUAAUCUCCGGUCUGGCCAUGGGAAUGGAACCCAUUUGUGGACAAGCUUACGGUGCCAAACAGAUGAAGCUUCUUGGGUUAACUCUUCAGAGAACGGUGGUCCUUCUCCUCUCAGCUUCUGUACCCAUCUCCUUCAUGUGGCUGAACAUGAAGAGAAUCCUCCUCUGGUGCGGCCAAGACGGUGAAAUAUCAUCUGUGGCUCAUACCUUCAUUCUCUUCUCCAUCCCUGACCUCUUCUUCCUUUCUCUGCUUCACCCUCUUCGCAUCUAUCUCAGAACUCAGAGCAUCACAUUACCCUUAACUUACUGCUCUGCCAUCUCUGUUCUCCUCCAUGUUCCCCUGAAUUUCCUCCUCGUUGUGCAUUUCAAAAUGGGUAUUGCUGGAGUCGCCAUAGCCAUGGUCUGGACUAACCUCCACCUCUUCCUCUUGCUCUGCUCCUUCAUUUACUUCUCCGGAGUGUAUCAAGAUUCUUGGGUAUCUCCGAGCACAGACUGCCUCAGGGGAUGGUCGUCUCUGCUUGCCCUUGCAAUUCCAACCUGUAUCUCUGUUUGCCUGGAGUGGUGGUGGUAUGAACUCAUGAUUAUGCUCUGUGGACUUCUGGUUAACCCCAAAGCCACCAUUGCUUCCAUGGGAAUUCUGAUUCAGACGACAUCCCUGGUCUACGUAUUUCCAUCCGCGUUAAGUCUGGGAGUAUCGACGAGGGUCGGGAACGAAUUGGGUGCAAACCGCCCUGCAAAAGCUCGCAUUUCCAUGAUCGUCUCUCUGUUUGGCGCAGCCGCAUUAGGCCUAAUAGCCAUGCUGUUCACCACCCUGAUGCGGCACAAAUGGGGAAGGUUUUUCACCAACGACACCGAAAUCCUCGAACUCACCUCCAUCGUAUUGCCGAUCUCCGGACUGUGUGAACUAGGAAACUGUCCACAAACAACAGGAUGCGGCGUCCUCAGAGGCAGCGCCAGGCCCACCAUAGGAGCCAACAUCAACCUGGGUUCAUUCUACCUAGUUGGCAUGCCGGUAGCCAUCUUAAUGGGGUUCGUCGCCAAAAUGGGGUUCGCAGGACUCUGGCUCGGCCUGCUAGCGGCGCAAGCGUCCUGUGCCCUGCUCAUGCUAUACGUCCUCUGUAAAACGGACUGGAUUCUUCAGGUAGAGAGAGCCAGAGACCUGACGCAGAGCACAAAACCACCACUGCCCACAACAUCAAAACCAGAAGAAUCAUUAAAUUCAAAGGAAAUUAAGAAGAAGGUCGAUCUCGAAGCGGUACUGUGCGUCAAUGAUGAAGUUAUGAAGUCAGAAACAGACCCUCUUAUUAACUAGGAUACGCACUGUGCAUUAAUUAGAGACGAGUUCCCACCAUUUUUGCCCCCAUUGAAGAGGUCAUGAGGUGAAAAAAAAAAAAUCAUUUAUUAGAGAUAAUUAAUCGUCUCUUUUUAACUUCUCUUGAAUUUUCUUUCGCUCUCUCUUGUUUUAGUUAUUAAAUAACAAUAGUAUAUAUUGUAGAAUGAAGUAGACAUUAACAU